UAUACAUCUUGGAAAACUACUUCCUAUUACUUAAUUCUGUGUAUCAUCAAUAGUGGAUUGUCUCAGUCAUAUACAAAUCAAAGGGACAAAAAUGCAGCCAAAGUUAAUGGAUAUUUUUCCAACAAUCGGGGGUUUGGUGAAAGAAAUUCAGAUUCCUCGACAACACAAGUAAAUCAGGGAGCCAUUAGUCAGCUUUCAGAACAGAUUUCCGCCCUCAACGAUAGAAUGGAUGAAUUUACAAAUCGUAUUGAAGAGCUGAAUUGCAAGCUAACCUUUAAGAAUAAUUCUCCGAGCCAACAAAAUAUGUCAGCUCAAGCCGAAGCCUGCAAUGGUUCUGCUCCCACAUCUUACUUCAUUAACAGUUUGGGCAAUGGUAGCUUAACUGGUUCUAAGAUUCCACAUUCCUCGUCUUCAUCACAAUUAAAUACGGACUCUCCCUUAAUGGAUGAGAUAUCCGGCAUUGCACGUGGUCAGCGUCAAAUCAUGCAUCAAAUGGACAAUCUCAAUAAUCUUCUCCGGGGUAGCUUGGGGGAGAAGUCUCAGCAAACUAGAACCAACAAGAAAAACAUAACAACAAAUUCAAAUUCCAUUGCAGCUACCGUUACCGUGGUAGUCACAGUUGGUUGUUUGGGGAUCUUCUUGAUGAAAGGUUCGUUGACCCGAAAGUGAUUCCUAUAUAUGCAAAAAAGUUAGUUUUCCUUCACUGUGACAAUCCCUUCUGGAGAGAGGUGUUGAAGCACUCAUUGACAGUUAAAAUACAGAAUAUGGAAACAGUUAAUUAGGGUCAGUGAAAGUGUUAUAGCCACUUGAAAUUUUGUAACUUAAUUGGCUUUGUUA